AUGGCAUCCGCAACUCGCUUCAAGCUGAUCUUCCACGUCCCCACGACGGCGCUGGAGGCCUGCAAAGCCGCCAUCUUCGCAGCUGGUGCAGGCAAAUAUCCCGGCCCAGGUAACUACACCGAAUGCUGCUUCACCACCGUUGGAACAGGCCAGUUUCGACCUGGAGACUCAGCGAAUCCGCACAUCGGCAGCGUAGGGGCGCUCGAGUACGUUCAGGAGGCGAAAGUCGAGACGCUCUGUGUUGGUGAAGAGGUCGUUCGAAACGCCGUUGCUGCGCUGAAGAAGGCACAUCCAUACGAAGAGCCUUCAUAUGAGGUUUUCAGGAUGGAGGAUUUCUAG